UGGGGCGCCCGGCCCAGCCUGUUGCAGAUGCUGCCCCGCGGUAUUCGUCAUGGAGCCGGCGCCGCGGUCCUGUGCUCUCCCGCGGUGGCUGCUGCCGCUGUUGCUGCUGCUGGGCCUGAGCGCAGGAGCUGUCAUCGACUGGCCCACAGAUGAGGGCAAGGAAGUAUGGGAUUACGUGACUGUGCGGGAGGAUGCCCACAUGUUCUGGUGGCUCUAUUAUGCCACCAACCCCUGCAAGAACUUCUCAGAACUGCCCCUGGUCAUGUGGCUUCAGGGCGGUCCAGGAGGUUCCAGCACUGGAUUUGGAAACUUCGAGGAAAUUGGCCCCCUUGACAGAGAUCUCAAACCUCGAAGAACCACCUGGUUGCAGGCGGCCAGUCUCCUAUUUGUGGAUAAUCCUGUGGGCACUGGGUUCAGUUACGUGAACAAGAGUAACGCGUAUGCCAAGGACCUCGCUACAGUGGCUUCAGACAUGAUGGUUCUCCUGAAGACCUUCUUCGAUUGCCACAAAGAAUUCCAGACGGUUCCAUUCUACAUUUUCUCAGAGUCCUACGGAGGAAAAAUGGCAGCUGGCAUUGGUCUAGAACUUUAUAAGGCCGUUCAGCAGGGGACCAUCAAGUGCACCUUUUCAGGGGUUGCUUUGGGUGAUUCCUGGAUCUCCCCUGUUGACUCGGUGGUCUCCUGGGGACCUUACCUGUACAGCAUGUCUCUUCUGGAAGACGAAGGUCUGUCAGAGGUGUCUAAGAUUGCAGAGCAAGUCCUGGAUGCCGUAGAUCAGGGGCUCUACGCAGAGGCCACCCAGCUCUGGGGGAAAGCAGAAAUGGUCGUUGAACAGAACACAGAUGGAGUGAACUUCUAUAACAUCCUAACUAAAAGUGCUCCCGUGUCUGCAAUGACAUCGAGUCUAGAAUUCACGCAGAGCCACCUAGUUCAUCUUUGGCAGCGCCACGUGAGACACCUGCAGCAAGAUGCCUUAAGUCAGCUCAUGAAUGGCCCCAUCAGGAAGAAGCUCAAAAUCAUUCCUGAGGAUUGCUCCUGGGGAGGCCAGGCUACCAACGUCUUCAUGAACAUGGAGCGUGACUUCAUGAAGCCAGUCAUCAGCAUCGUGGACGAAUUGCUGGAGACUGGGCUCAACGUGACCGUGUAUAAUGGACAGCUCGACCUCAUCGUGGACACCAUGGGUCAGGAGGCCUGGCUGAGGAAACUGAAGUGGCCAGAACUGCCCAAGUUCAACCAGCUGAAGUGGAAGGCCCUGUACAGUGACCCUGAGUCCUCAGAGACAUCUGCUUUUGUCAAGUCCUACAAGAACCUGGCCUUCUACUGGAUCCUGAGAGCUGGGCACAUGGUUCCUUCUGACCAAGGGGACAUGGCUCUGAAGAUGAUGAGAAUGGUGACUCAGCAGGAAUAGGAUGGACGGGCCGGAGCUGAGCUGGGCGGACCUCGGGCACAGGAGCCGAGCCGAGGACCCCGAAGCCGCAGGAAGCACCGUUCUUCCAUGACUCCCACUCGGGCUGUGAUCGUGAAGGGUCCUGCCAGCGACCGCAGAGGAUAAAAUCGUUCCCUCUGGGGAAACUUGAAAAUCAUUUCUGCUUCUUAAAAAAACCUAUAAGAUUUUUUAAAUGGAUUUGUUUUAAUCAAAAUGAAGGGUAAUAACAGAUUAACUUUUUCUUAUUAUGGAAGCAAAGGCUGUGAUUUAUAGAAAAAGUGGGAAAUACGGAUAAACAAAGAACAAAAUAAAAACCCGUAUACUCCCUUCCCAGGGAUAAGCGCUGUUACCAAGUUAGUGUCUGUCCUUGCAGAUCUUUUUUUGCUAUAUAUGCAUAUAUAUUUUUUACAAAAAUGGAAUCAUUGCUGUGUGUUAUUUUACCGUCUACUUUGUUUGACAUAUCAAUAUGUCCUCAACACCUUUUCAUGUCAAUAAAUGUUCUUCUGUGACAGUU